AUGAAGUGCAAUAAAAAUCUGAAGAUUGCUAUUUCUCCAUAUAGCAAUGUAAUCGAAAUUAACGAAAGAAAUUCGGAAGUUGAAGUGGUAGGAGGUUACGAAAGCACUCUGCUCCGUCUUUUACUCCAGUAUUUUGCACCGAUGCAUGUUUUUGUUUACCCUCUGGAUGGCGAAUGGGGAAGAAGACAUGAGAACGGAAGUUGGACAGGACUCAUCGGGCUUCUGCAAAGAAAAGAAGCAGACAUUGCUGUUUCUUAUGUUGGAAUAACAGAAAUGAGAGCAACUGUUGUGGAUUUCAGUGCUCCGUAUACAGUGACGGGGCAAUUCUUUGCCACCAGGGCACCGAGAGUACUUCCGAGAACUAUUUCUGUUCUACAACCAUUUCCAACAGAGGCAUGGCUAUGCAACAUUGCAGCUGUUGUGUUCGUCAGUAUAAUGCUGCUAACAUUUUUCGGUGUCAAGUCUUCCUUCAUAGGAAUUUUGUUGAAUGUUUGCCGAAGGAAGCCAUUUGGUUGUUCUCCCACCGAAAUUCGGCACACAAGUGGCAAGAUUUUAUAUGCGUCUUCAGUGUUCAGUCUGAUGAUCCUUGCUUUCAGCUACACAGCGGUUUUGCUGACAAAUCUUACUAUUCUUUUUCGUGAAAGUGGACUUCAUAGCAUUUCGGAACUGAGAGUAGCUGUUCAGAAAGGGUCUUAUAAGUGUUUUAUUGAACCAGGAAUCCUUUUGGAAUCUUUAGAGAAAAGCAGCGAUGUUUCAGUGAAAACCAUUGGUCAAGCAAUUCGAAGAAAUGAUUGGUUUAUCAGACCACCAACUAUAAAUAAUUUCCAGAGCAAGAUUUUUAGUGAAAAGACUGCCAUCAUAGCGUCAUUAUCAACAUUUAGGACUUUCCAUCCCGAUAGCAUAUUGAUAUCUGACGAUAUGUUCCUUCUAACCCCUGUUAGUGUUGCGGUAGUAAAAGAGUUUCCAUGCAAAAAAGAACUAAAUGAAAUAAUUUCAAAGAUCACAGCCAGUGGCAUUUACGGAAAAUCUAUAGAAGAUUAUUAUUUUCGAAAAACGAUUUCUUAUAUCAAUUCUACAGACGAAGCGAAUCUAUCUUUAUCUGUUACUGACGUUAAAGAACUUUUUUUAAUUUUAGGUAUUGGUUAUAUCUUAUCGUCCAUUGUUCUUCUGGGUGAAAUAAUUUUGGACCAAGUGAAACAUUGUAUCACAAAAUAUAACUAUUUUCAAAAAAACGGCAAAACAAUUUAA